AUGAACCCUCCAGACGCUCCUGCACCACUCCGGAGUCCAUCGAGGAGGUUGCCGCCCCUUCGGGAGCAUUCGACGCCUCCCGGACCUGCGCGAACGGCAAGCUGUGGGACAGACGAUGUGCAGAAAAGUCCAUCUGCUGCGCAAGUAUUGAAGGGAAGGUUGCCCAAGGACAGUGCACUCAAGGACCAACAUGACAGAGAGGCCACAGUCGAUGAAGACAACGAAAGGCGCACAAGCAGCGAAGCCGAGGCAGUGGCUCCACCUCUGCCAAGCGGCAAUGGCAGUCCACAAGACACAGUGCCCAACUCCUUGUACAAAUACAACGAGAAAACAGGUCUCCUCUCCCUGCCAGGUGAAGACGAGAGUAAUCACACAAAGUCAGCAAAGGUUUUUGUGGAAAACUCGAAAACAGGUCUUUUCCGCAGGAUACGUGACCCCCAGCAGGAUUGCCACAGUGCCACACCCCAUACUUCAACUCUCGAUGCAGGUGCCACACUGUGGAUGACAAGGCACCCUUGGUCAUUGCAGAAGCAAAUGACAGCCUUUCAGCCAGUCAAGGUCAACCCCGAUUGCAAACAAUGGCUCAUUCUGGAAUGGAGACGAUUCGAACGAUCGGGCUUUUCAGCCAGGGGCUGUUGGCGGGGUUGGCGCUGCUUCUCUUGGUCAUUCUCUACUUCUGUGGCCCUGCCCGCAUUGACGCUCAGCGGGGAGUCUUCCUAUCGUUCUACUCUCCAGUCGCGCUCCUGA